AUGUCCUUCCCUAUAGCAAAUACUGAUGGCACACGGCCGGUGGGCCAGCUAGGUAAGGCUAGCAGCUCCAGUGAUAUGUUGCUGAAACUGGCCCGUACGACGCCAUAUUACAAGAGGAACCGGCCGCACAUCUGCUCCUUCUGGGUGAAGGGAGAGUGUCAGAGAGGGGAGGAGUGUCCGUACAGGCAUGAGAAGCCCACGGAUCCCGACGACCCUCUGGCUGACCAGAACAUAAAAGACCGUUACUACGGUAUCAAUGACCCUGUUGCAGACAAGCUGCUGAAAAGGGCCUCAACCAUGCCACGACUAGACCCACCAGAUGACAAGUCAAUCUUCACCCUCUACAUUGGAGGUUUGGGAGAUACUGUCACGGAUGGAGACCUCAGGAAUCACUUUUACCAGUUUGGUGAGAUUCGUACCAUUACCAUCGUCCAGCGGCAGCAGUGUGCCUUCAUCCAGUUUGCCACACGGCAGUCUGCUGAAACGGCUGCAGAGAAGUCCUUCAACAAACUGAUCAUUAAUGGACGAAGGCUCACUGUCAAAUGGGGAAGGUCUCAGGCAGCAAGAGGAAAGGAGGGUAUCAAAGAGGGUGUCAGCGAGAUGGGUACCAGACUUGAUCCUGUACCUGGCCUGCCUGGAGCUCUUCCUCCACCACCAGCUUUGGAUGAAGAAACCACUUCACAUUACUUCAACCUGGACCCGGGCACUUCUCCUGCUGUCAUGAACAUAGCUCUGCCCCCACCAACAGGAAUCAACCCACCUCCCCCAGGUUUUUGGCCUCCAAUGUUUCACCUGAUGGCUCACAUGGCUCCACCUAUGCUCCCUCCAAUGAACAUGAGACAUCCUGGUCAUAUUCACUACCCCUCCCAGGAUCCUCAGCGCAUGGGUGCCCAUGCAGCACAUGGCGCACGCCAUGGAGAUAAUGGGAAACACAAUGCAAGGAGCAAGGAGCUUUGUAAGAGCCUUUCUUUAUUUCUCACAUCUGCCAUGCCAUUUGGGGGUGCUAUGGCCAGCAAGAGGGUGACACCGCUCAUCGACUUCGAGGCAGUCGAAUCUCAGAACCUGCCUGGCGUCGCCCUGGACCGCAUGUGCCGACGACCCAACUUCAACAGAGCACCCAGGGGAUGGGGAGGCUAUUACAGCCCAGAAUCUAAUGAACUAUGA